AAAAGGAAAGAAGAAAAAGAGAGAGAGAGAGAAAAUAGUGAUCGUAGAUCCUGAGACGACCAUGAACAGAAGAGAAAAUCUUCCGACGGUGGUGGGUCAGGUGAAUGGAAGUUGGAGUCGCAAGAGAGCCUCGGGAUGCUGCACGCUGUUAUGCUAGGUAGCGGUCCGGGUCGAGGGAGACACGAAUGGUAUCCGGGAUUUUAUCUGCAACGUCGACGACUUGGAUGCAGGAUGAACCGUGGGGAGCAGGAGACAUUAUUCAGGCAGAGCAGGCAGCUCACGAGGAUCGUGCCGUCUCACGAGGACCUGGUGCUGAGCGUGCUUAAGUCGCCGAUCAGCCAGCACCAGCAACAGCAACGCCAGCAGUAUCAUUCCACGCACCAUUCUCACGAGCACCAUGUCAACUGCCAAGGUCAUCAAAAUCAUAAGAAGUGCACGCAUUCAGGUGAGAACAACGAGAGUCUUCCACGAAGCAAGGACCAAUGCUCGAGGCUGACGGAGAAGCGUUCGAGCGCCGCGGCCGCGUACGCGGCCCUCCAGGCGAGCGAGGAUGAGCUGAUCGCGGAGCACUGCCUCGAGUCCGAGGACGCGGCGCUGAAAACGCCUGGGAGCGAGACGGAGGACACGGAGGACAACGGGGCGCAGAUGGAGGAGGCUGCCUCCUCGCCUGGCCGCCGUUUCACCUUCCUCAGGCGGUUCCGAUCGCCCAGAUUCGGCGAGGCGCAUCACAAGAGGGUGCCCACGCCGAUGAAGAGGAAGUACAGGCGGAAGAAGAGCAAGGACGACAUAAUAAACAACGAUAUGAACGCGGCGGAAGUGGAGCCGCCGAGUUUGAACCAAGCAGGUGUCCCAGACCCUUAUUACCCGAUCUAUCUGCCGAUCGACCAGGCCUUCAAGGCCAAGUACGUGUUCCACCACAAGAAGGGGAAGACGUUUCAGGAGAGGCUGUACGUGUUCCUGGAACACCCAGGCGGAUGGAUCUGCUUCAUCUAUCAUUUCACCGUGUUCAUGGUGGUAUUGGUGUGCCUCAUAUUUAGCGUUUUGUCGACCAUAGAACAAUACAGUAACUUCGCAAACGAAACCCUCUUUUGGAUGGAAAUAUGUUUGGUGGUAUUCUUCGGUGUGGAGUACUUGGUGAGAUUAUGGAGCGCGGGUUGCAGAUCGAAGUAUAUGGGUUGUUGCGGCAGGCUCCGCUUUAUACGGAAACCGAUUUGUAUCAUAGAUUUAAUCGUGGUGGUCGCGUCGAUGGUGGUGCUGUCUGUAGGAAGCAACGGUCAAGUAUUUGCCACUUCUGCAAUAAGAGGCAUAAGAUUUUUGCAAAUAUUACGAAUGCUUCAUGUCGAUCGACAAGGUGGCACGUGGCGACUUCUCGGCUCUGUUGUUUUCAUCCAUCGUCAGGAGCUGAUUACGACACUGUACAUCGGGUUCCUAGGUCUCAUUUUCAGCAGCUACUUCGUGUAUCUUGCCGAAAAAGAUGUAAUAGGUCCCGAUGGAAAAACAGAUUUUUCCAGCUAUGCCGAUGCACUUUGGUGGGGCGUGAUUACUGUAACCACAAUCGGAUACGGUGAUACCGUCCCACAAACGUGGAUGGGAAAAAUAGUCGCCUCGUGUUUCAGCGUAUUCGCUAUAUCCUUUUUCGCACUUCCAGCCGGAAUAUUGGGCUCCGGUUUCGCGUUGAAGGUGCAGCAAAAGCAACGGCAGAAACACUUCAAUAGGCAGAUACCUGCCGCGGCAAUGUUGAUACAAUGCCUGUGGAGGUGUUACGCCGCCGACAAAGCCAUCAACAGCGUGGCCACGUGGAACAUUUACAUCAAGGAUCCGGCACCGACCGGACAACCCUCCACACCAUUGGGAAAGUUGAUUUGUGUAAAGAAGAUGUCUCUGAUGAUCCAGGUGGCAAAGAAGGCGAGCGUGCUGAAGAGGCGUAAAUCGAGGAAUCGAAUGGACGUGCAACAACAGCAGCAGCAGCAACAGUCGUUGCCGCCGGUCACGAUAUCCGGUGGCAUGUCGAGCGGUGGCGCCACCGGCGACCAGAACGACAAUCAAAGGAUGGAAAACGAGGGAGACGUUAUCUUCUACAUGGAGGAACCGAAAGCGGGCACGCCUAAUCGUGCUAGACGCGAUAAUCGCGUAUUUCCGGUUGGCAGGGGAAGCCUCUUCACCUCGCAGACGAGCUCCGUCACGGAGGCUACCAGCGACGAAAUCGACAUUGAUAUCGAGGAACCGCAGAGGGUUACCACGUUGACGGAGGCGCAUCGAAACGCCAUAAGGGCGAUCAGGAAGAUCAAGUAUUUCGUGGCCAGAAGGAAGUUCCAGCAGGCGAGGAAACCGUACGAUGUACGUGAUGUGAUCGAGCAGUACAGCCAAGGCCACUUGAACAUGAUGGUUCGAAUCAAGGAGUUGCAGAGGAGAUUGGACCAGACCCUGGGCAAACCGGGCAGCUACCUAGCAGGAAUCGACCGAGCGGGGAACGUGAAGCCAAUGACUAUAGGCGCACGCUUAUACAGGGUCGAGCAGCAGUUGUCCGUGAUGGACAAGAAAUUGGACCAGCUGGUCUACGUGCUGAACGCGGUGGCACAAAAGCAACAAAUACCCCUGAGGAGUAUAGAGGACGACGUGUAACAGAAAGCCCCCGGCGAGCUCGUGCCAUCUAUUUCGCGAUCACCGGCAAUUCCAUGGACUUUGCCUCGUGUUACCAUAACCAACGUCGCGGCGAAUAUGUUAAGCGAAAGCGGUUGAACCGCGAUCGGCCUUGUGCACUCGGCCGCAAAUACAGGGAUCUUUCUUAUCUAUGCGUACAUAGAUCAAAGUAACGUUCGAAAGAAACUGGAGAUACUGGACGAUUUUUGUUCUCGACGAUUGUUUUAUAUUAGUUAUUUAUGGAUUUCUUAUUGCUAUUUUGAUU